GGCUCGCCCCUUUCGCCUUCCAGAAGGAACAAGCCACCAGGUACAGAGAACGACUAACUGUGUUCAGGUGCAGGGAUGGAGCGAUCAUCGUUGAUUGUCGCGUUUGGCGAGAUGUUGAUUGAUUUUGUUCCCACUGUUGGUGGAUUGUCGCUAGCGGAUGCCCCGGCCUUCAAGAAGGCGCCAGGUGGCGCGCCAGCCAACGUUGCUGUGGCCGUGUCCCGCCUUGGUGGGCACUCGGCAUUCAUCGGGAAGGUUGGCGAGGAUGAGUUUGGGUAUAUGCUGGCCGAGAUACUCAAGCAGAACAAGGUUGAGGACAGGGGCAUGAGGUUCGACCCCCAUGCUCGCACGGCCCUCGCCUUCGUUACGCUGAAAGAAGAUGGGGAGAGGGAGUUUAUGUUCUACAGGAAUCCAAGUGCUGAUAUGCUUCUCAGGCCUGAUGAGCUCGACGAGGAGCUUAUUAGCAAGGCGUCGGUGCUCCACUAUGGGUCCAUCAGCCUCAUCUCGGAGCCAUGCAGAUCGGCACACCUGGCAGCCAUGGACGUGGCAAGCAAAGCAGGCGUGCUACUGUCAUACGAUCCCAAUUUGAGGCUGCCACUGUGGCCUUCGGCUGAGGAAGCUCGCAAAGGAAUCUUAAGCAUAUGGGACAGGGCCGAUCUCAUCAAGGUGAGUGAAGAGGAGCUCCAGUUUCUGACUGGCAAAGAUCCAUUUUCGGACGAAGCAGCCCUGUCCGUAUGGCAUUCAAACCUCAAGCUCUUACUCGUAACUGAGGGUCAUCGGGGUUGCCGCUACUAUACGAGCGAUUUCCACGGGAGAGUGGACGGUAUCAAAGUGCAAGCCGUAGACACCACCGGUGCUGGGGAUGCCUUCGUGGGAGGCCUUCUGAGCCAGCUUGUGGGCGAUUUGUCGCUCUACAAGGACGAGCAGAGAUUGAGAGCAGCUCUCAAGUUUGCCAAUGCAUGCGGAGCAAUAACGACGACGGAAAGAGGUGCAAUCCCUGCAUUGCCUGACAGGGACACGGUGCUGCGGCUCAUAGACGAGAUCCCCAAAUCUCGGAUGCCCCGGGCGCCUUCGUGGUCCAACAUCACGCGCUGGCGACUUGAAGAUCACGAGCACGAGGGAGCAGUUCCAGCAGCGUGAAUCCAAUCAUAUGAUCACUAUGCUCCAAUUGUGAAUAAA